ACCCGGCCAUAGGGCUGGCCCUCAAAACAAUAACUUUUAAUAUUUUCUAUAUAUCAGGCUUUGUGUUAAGUGCUUCACAUGCUGUACUUAAUUCUCACAAGCACAUCUUACAGGGAUUAACAUCUUACAGAUACGAGGAAACUGAGGCACUGACAGUUUGAGAAAUUUGUCCAGGGAAUUUAUAUCCGAAUAAGGCUAAUGAUAUAUCUUUUCAAAUUUAUGAAUUUAAAUAUAGAAGCUUAAAAUUUUUAUGACCAUAAAAUUUAUCUACAGCAAUUAGAAUCCUAAUUAUAACUAUCAUUUAUAAGUACAGAUUUUUGUUGUCCACAGAACUGUAGUUUUCACAGUCCCCUUAUGUUAACAUUCAAAAAUUUGAAAGCACAUCUAAUAUCAUAACAUGACACCUUCUAAUUGUAUUUCUCUCUGAGAGGCUUCUAAGGCAAGCAUGCCAAGGUUACAGACUUAACAAUUUUAGAAUAGGUUGUUUCAAAUUUUAAAUCUACUAGGUCUGGUACAAGCCAAAUCUUUGGUGGGGAGGGAAACUGAUCGCCCCGCCACCUUCUUUUCUCCGCUUUCACUAAUUUUUUUCACUUGAAAGUCAAAAGACACAAAUGACGUUUUCAGUCAAGAAAUCAACGGCUAAUGAGAUUAAUUUCUAGAGUUUACAAGCACGUGUGCUUCAGUAUUUUCAAUAGAAAAACAUUAUUUUAAUAAACAAGUUAAAAUAUUUAUGUUCCUCGUUCCUCUAUUAUCUGCAGGUAAUAAAGUAAUUCCUUUCAGAUUAGUCUAAUUUUUAAAAGUGAAGUUUCUAUAUUAAAACAUGCAAAAACAAAACUAUGCCACUUUGCAAAACAAGAAGUUAAAAAUAUACACCUAAUCUUGUUAUAUGAAAGACUCUACAUUUAACAAAACUGGUAGAACCACGCUUUUACGCUACUAGUAAAUACUAGAUUUUUAAAACGAGUGAAAAAUGAUGUGAAAAUUAAGUAGAAUGAAAAAAGCUACAUGAAAACACUAAUACAACUGGCUUUUGAACUAAUUAGUGGGAAGGAGGGGGACACACUUUCGAAGGCUAAGAUCAUGCUGUUGAUUUCCUAAAGGGGAUGUGAUGUAAUACUGGAGAGCCGCCUUAAGAGGGAAAGGAUAGGCUGACAAAGGGAGUGCAGAUGCCAGAGUGCGGGAGAAGCCUGCGGCGACAGGGAAGAGAUGCCUUAUUAGAGGAACUGGAACGCUCCACCCUCCAGGACAGUCAUGAAUAUUCCAGUCCAGCUCCUCUUCCCCUGGAUCAGCAUUCCAGAAAGGAGAGUAACCUUGAGGAGGCAUCAAAGAUCCUUUCUGUUCAGGAUGACACAAGUCCCUUGCGGGUGCAGCUCGUGUAUACUACCAAUAUCCAGGAGCCCAAUGUCUACAGUGAGGUCCAAGAGCCAAAGGAAUCACCACCACCUCCUAAAACCUCAGCAGCCGCUCAGUUGGAUGAGCUCAUGGCCCACCUGAGUGAGAUGCAGGCUAAGGCUGCAGUGAAACCAGAUGUCAGCAAGAAACACUUGCCAGACAAACGGGACGACAAGGCCUCCCUAGACUCCAUGCUGGGGGGUUUGGAGCAGGAUUUGCAGGACCUUGGAAUUGCCACAGUGCCCAAGGGCCACUGUGCUUCCUGUCAGAAACCGAUUGCUGGAAAGGUGAUCUACGCUCUAGGGCAAGCAUGGCAUCCAGAGCACUUCGUCUGCACUCACUGCAAAGAAGAGAUUGGCUCUAGCCUCUUCUUUGAGCGGAAUGGCUUGGCCUACUGCUGCAAGGACUACCACCAUCUUUUUUCUCCACGCUGUGCCUACUGUGCUGCUCCCAUCCAGGAUAAAGUGCUGACAGCAAUGGACCAAACCUGGCACCCAGAGCACUUCUUUUGCUUUCAUUGUGGAGAGGUGUUUGGUGCAGAAGGCUUUCAUGAGAAGGACAAGAAGCCAUAUUGCCGAAAGGAUUUCUUAGCCAUGUUCUCACCCAAGUGUGGUGGCUGCAACCGCCCAGUGUUGGAAAACUAUCUUUCAGCCAUGGACACUGUCUGGCAUCCUGAGUGCUUUGUUUGUGGGGACUGCUUCAGUAGCUUUUCUACUGGCUCCUUUUUUGAGCUGGAUGGACGUCCCUUCUGUGAGCUCCAUUACCAUCACCGCCGAGGAACCCUCUGCCAUGGAUGUGGGCAGCCCAUCACUGGCCGCUGCAUCAGUGCCAUGGGCCACAAGUUCCAUCCUGAGCACUUCGUGUGUGCUUUCUGCCUGACGCAGUUGUCGAAGGGCAUCUUCAGGGAACAGAACGACAAGACCUAUUGUCUACCCUGCUUCAAUAAGCUCUUCCCGUUGUAAUCUUAGCUGAACCCACAGCCUCUUCAGAUCCCCUCUAAAAUGUAAACCAAGAGACGAAAGAGUACACUUGUUGUUACUGACCUUCUGCUCAAUAGGCUUGUAGAGAAAGUAAAGGUGAUGAACAAAGAAGGGGACUUCUAGAUGUUACAUGACUAAGCUUGUAGACUUAAGUUUUAGAUUUCUAGUCUUUUUUUAUUUUUAAUUAGGUACUUGAAUUUAGAUCUGGGUCCUGUUGUCUAGUGCCUCUGCAGAUGUAUUUUCCACAUGCAUACAUUGAUUCCAUCCCUGGUUUUCUCAGACUUCUCCAUUUUUAUGCCUAUGAUGGCCCUGCUCAUAUCUUGUCUCCUUUGGCCCUCAUCACUGUCCCUUUUCAAGCUUUCCACGUUUCCCUGUGACUCAUUUUCCCAUAAUCACUGCUGCAGACUUUAUUUUGCUGUUAGGAAUCGUGAUCCUACUCUUAAGUUUUUUGCAUCUCCCUUCAGUAUAUUUCUCUUUUUCAAGAGGAAGUAGAUUUUAACUGAACAACUUUAAAUUCUGACAUCAUUGACAAAUAAAAUGGCUUUCGGUUUUAAUGACUCAUUGUCAUGUUUGGAGACAAACUUUCUGCUUCCCAUGUUCUAUGCUAGGCAGUAUGUGUAAUUAAAUUUGUAUCAUAUGUCUUGUUACUUUCAUACAAUGAGCGCUUUUUUUAAUCAAAAGAAAUUAAAAAGAGGGACUCCUAUUCCCCAGUAACUUCCUGCUUAAUUUGGGCCUAUAACAUUCCUUUUGUUUUAUUUUUUGCACUUAGAUGAUUGAAUCAUCUUGAAAGAUGGCAAAGAUUCUUAAAAUUGUUUUCUCACUUUGUUUACAUAAGGAGAAAAACUGAAUCUCCGUGAGGCGUUUGCAAGUUCAUUUUUGCAUAUGUUUGUGUAUCUCCAAACUCAUCAAAUUAUAUACAUUAAAUAUGUCUAGUUUUCUUGUAUAUCAAUUAUGUCUCAAUAAAGCUGUUUUAAAAAAUGAAA